CGGCGCCGAAGCUGGGGGCUUCCGCGGAGCGCCUCGGCGCUGGCGGCUGCCGGCCUGCUGUGCACCGCCCUGGCCGCCUACUUCUGCUGGAGGCAGCUGCCGCCGCUGCCCUGGGCGUCCUCCGCCCCGCCGCGGCCGGUGGGCGUGCUGCUGUGGUGGGAUCCCUUCGCCGGGCGCGACAGCGGCGCGAGGCGGCCCCCGGACUGCGGGCGGCGCUUCAACAUCAGCGGCUGCCGCCUGCUCACCGACCGCGCGGCCUAUGCGGAGGCCCAGGCCGUGCUCUUCCACCAUCGGGACCUCGUGAAGGGCCUCCCCGACUGGCCCCCGCCCUGGGGCGUUCAGGUGCGCGGGCCCGAGGAGCUCGAGUUGCGGGUGUUGGACGACGAGGAGGUGGCGGCGGGGGCCGCCGAAGCCCGGGCCACCUCGGGCCUCAGGCCCCCGGGCCAGCGCUGGGUGUGGAUGAACUUCGAGUCGCCCUCCCACUCCCCGGGCUUGCGCAGCCUGGCGGGUGACCUCUUCAACUGGACCCUCUCCUACCGGGCCGACUCGGACGUCUUCGUGCCUUACGGCUACCUCUACCCCAGGACCCACCACAGCGACCAGCCGCGGGGCCCGGCGCCGCCGCUCGCCCGGAAACGGGGGCUGGUGGCCUGGGUGGUGAGCAACUGGGACGAGCGCCAGGCCCGGGUCCGCUAUUACCACCAGCUGAGCCAGCACGUGGCCGUGGACGUGUUCGGCAGGAGCGGGCCCGGCCGGCCGCUGCCGGACGUCGGGCUCCUGCACACAGUGGCCCGCUACAAGUUCUACCUGGCCUUUGAGAACUCGCAGCACCUGGAUUAUAUCACCGAGAAGCUCUGGCGCAACGCGUUGCUGGCCGGGACCGUGCCGGUGGUGCUGGGCCCCGACCGUGCCAAUUACGAGCGCUUCGUGCCCCGCGGUGCCUUCAUCCACGUGGAUGACUUCCCUAGUGCCUCCUCCCUGGCUGCCUACCUGCUCUUCCUCGACCGAAACCCAGCAGUCUAUCGUCGCUACUUCAACUGGCGCCGGAGCUACGCCGUGCACAUCACCUCCUUCUGGGACGAGCCCUGGUGCCGCGUCUGCCAGGCUGUGCAGACCGCUGGGGACCGGCCCAAGAGCAUAGGCAACUUGGCUCGCUGGUUCGAGCGGUGAAGCCACUCGCCCCUGAGUGCAACCCAGGGAGGUCAAACUGUUGGCUUUUUGAGCCUCAGCUGUGCAUCUCCUUGACUACUGAAUCAUGGGACGGAGUUUUCCAAACGCCCCUUUGUACUCUAUGGGGAAAUGGUGAUUUACCAAUCAACAUUAUUCAGCACAAAGACUGGGUGGGAAGGACUCCUGGUUCUCAUGGGCUUUUGCACAAAUAGCAGUCGGGCUCUGUCUGCUGUAGAUGGGCAUCAGUGUUCACCUGUAGAGAAGGGAGCCCUUCCUCACCUUGUAACCAGCGCAGAGGGGAAGAAAUAGCCUAUCUACCAGAAGCCUUUGAGUCAGUUGCUCUGACUUUCCUCAUCCGCCACAGGCCAUAUUUGUGGCCUGUGCUGAAUCCAAAUCCACACACACUGCUCCUUGACUCCGGUUUCAGGGGGCCCAUGUGCAGCAAGCCCCUGGUUUUAGAAGGAGACUUGUUGUGGAACAGUGAUAGGACUAGGGCCACAAGUGGGUCUUUCUCUUUGUUGGUUGAAUUUGAAAUUCUCAUCUCCUAAAGAAGAUGAGGCGGGUGGUUCAAGAAUCCGUUGACUGUUCCUUAACAAUUCCUUUUUGUUCCCCUGCCCUAUGAAUGCAAAGAGGAUGCUAGAUUGAAGAAGAGUUAAGAUGAAUCUAUAGUUAUACCUCACUUUUAUACAAAUAUAUUUUUGAAAAGCUGCUUUUAAAUCAAGUCCCAAAUUCACUGCUUUAGGAGAGUUCAGCAUUUAAUGCAACCCUAUGGAGAAUCCCUUUGCAAUGUGAAUAAUCAUCUCCUAACUUAUUUCCUCUGUGUCUAUGUUCCUCUAGAACAUAAACUUUUUAAAAGGCGUAUUAAAAAUACAGAUGUGAAAAUAAAGCAGAAGCAACCUUCUUCCCAUGUUCCAGAAAACCAGCCUGUGUUUACAAACAGAGGAGAAGGAAGCCACAGUGUCACUUUCCACAAAAUUAUUUGUUCUUAUCUUUUUUACUGGACCCAAAAUUUCAGCAGGAAUGUCAGUUCUCCACGGGUGCUGGCAUUACCCGUCUGCAGAACAAUGAAAGAGAUCGUACCGCGGUCUGGAAUCAUGGAAAAGGAAAAGAGUUUCGUGGUGUCCGUUCCGUUAAUGCCAGGUCCCCCCCGGCCCGGUCAGUUUUUAGUUAAAUGUUUAGUUGCUAGGAAAUGAAACUAAAUUAGUCCCUGCAGUGAGCUUUGGCUUUUGUUAAAAUCUAAAUCUGCACCUUUCCUUGGGGCCAGCAGGUUCCCCUCCUGGUCUGCAUGGCAGUACAGUACAUCCUCACAUUCCUAGUGACCUUGAGACUGUGUCAUGGGGCCACCUUUGAAAAUAUAUGCAUUGCCUUGAAAAGCUGUUGAAUAAAUAGCUUAGUAGGUGUCACCGCAUGCCUACUUUGUGCCAAACAUUGGGCUUCAGGCGCCAGGAAAGACACAAAAAUGUGUAAGGCAAGGAAGGUCCUUUCCUUUAAGGCUCCUCGAAUCUGCCACUGCCAACAAGUAAAUGAUUAACUUUGAUAAAUCAAUUGGCAGAACCUAUUUGUUUAAAGUGACAUUCUUCAAUGUAAUACAGGCCGUAGGUCAAUUAUUAGAAAGCCAGUUGAUUUACAGCCUCAAACAUUGGUUUCUUUUUCUCCUCGAUGCAUUAUUUUUUUUUCCAGUUUUAUUGAGAAAUAAUUAGCACAUAUCACUGUAUAAGUUUAAGGCAUAGAGCGUGAUAGUUGGUUUACAUAGAAUGUGAAAUGAUUAUAGGUUCAGCUAACAUCCAUCCUCUAAUAUAGACAAAAUAUAAAGAAAUCCUGAAUUUAUUAUACUGAGCCUCAGUGACUGAUUAUUGUGGGUAUGGUCCAAGAUUAAUUAGGUUUAUAUGAAGUUCUGCUGUAAACAGUAAUUGUGCACUUGAUUAGGAUAAUUAGCUGAAUCAUAAAGUAAGUUUUGUCUCUGCACAUUUGUUGCAGAAUCACUUGAAAAGCUCACUAAAAUCCAAGUACUUCGAUUCUUUUUUUCCUUAAAAGGAGAAACUAAAGCCCAUGGAUAAAAUUCCCUUAUUUAAAUAUUAUGGUGUGGGUGAAAUUACAAAGUAUCAGCCAGCCAAUAAAGAAAAAAGUUAAAAUUCUAUUCUUUUUAAAAAAGAUUUUAUUUAUUUAUUUGAGAGAGAGAGUGAGUGAACACGAGGGGGGAGGGAGAGGAGGGGCAGGCAGAGGGGGAGAAACUGACUCAGACCAUGACCCAAAACUGGUCAGAUGCUUAACUCACUGAGCCGUGCAGGUGCUCGGAAAAAUUCUAUUCUUAAAAUGAGUAUUUAUGAGGUAUUGGCCGAUGAUCUUGGUGUUGUUGGGAAUCUACAUGGGGUUGUGGGAGAGUGGAUUUUGGAGGUUAUCUGGCUUAGAUUUGAUUCCAGCUGUGUGACCUCUGCAAAUUAGUAAUAACCUUGAGCCUCAGAUUCCUUAUCUGAAAAAUGGAGGAGGACGACGGUACUUCACAGCUCAUUGUGAGCAUUUGGGGAAGUAAAAUAAAUAAAGGUGCUCAACAUAUAGCAGUCAGUGGCAAAAGAGAAAUUUUUUCCUUCUUUUUUUGCAGUGAUUUCAGGGUGUCUAUCCAUUUGUAUGUCUAAAAUUAAAUCUCAACAGGUUAUAUCUGAAAUAAAAAGGAAUCUCGUAUUGUGUAUUUCAAAUAUAUCCCUAAAGCUAAACUAUAUUAUUUCAAGAAUCACCAUUGUUAUUUAGAUUGAACUUGAACUUGCAGACUAGGAGGAAGCACCUGUGCUUUCUUUGAAAAAAAAAAGAUUAUUAAAGUUAUAUAGUUACAUGAGUAACUAUUAUUUUACUGAUGCUCUUCUUAGUGGUAAGUCCAUUUAAAACUAACUACGUUUAUUAAAUAUUUAGCAUAAGGAAGGUAAACUUGCAUUUUUAUGUGCAAAUUUUGGAUAAAGAACAAACAGGAUGUUUUUUAGGCUGAUCUCGUCAGAGAGUAAGAGAAAUAUAGCAAUUGCUCAUUUUAUGUUAUUUUUCAUAUUCUAAAUUGAGUAGGUAAAAAGUCAUAUCCAUUCAUAUAAGAAUGCAUAUACAUGCAUCCUAUAUAUUUAAAAAUGUCUUUUCUAUGAUUGUCGUGCCCUCCCUUUAAGGCAUAAACUUUUCUUUCAAAUGUAUUACAAAUUUCAUAUUUUUGAAGAUUUAUUUAUUUAUUUGACACACAGAAAGAGAGUACAAGCAGGGGGAGCAGCAGACAGAGGGAGAAGCAGGCUCCCUGCUGAGCAGGGAGCCGGAUAUGGAACUCCAUCCCAGGACCCUGGGAUCAUGACCUGAGCUGAAGGCAGCCGCUUAACCGACUGAGCCACCCAGGUGCCCUCAAAUUUCAUAUUGCACUCGAUGACUCUAAUGACAUGAGCAUACCUGGAAUGAUACUGGGAUCAGGAAGACAGUCUGACUUGCUUUCGGUAUUCAUACUCCUUUCCGGUUUCUAAGCCGUUUCCUGACAGUAAGUUAGAGGAGACAGGGUGGGUUCAUGGAAAGAGCUUGCAAUUUGGAGUCAGAACCCGGGUAUGUGGUUCAGCCACUUUCUGCCCCUGUGGUCCUGAUUAGGCAUGUUACUGGAACUCUCUGAGCUUUAGCUUCCUCCUUUACAAUGCAUGAAUGCCCCUGCAAAAUACGGAUUACAUGUGAUCAUGUGUCCCAAAGUGCUUUGUACAUGGUAAAGUCCUACACAGUUACAGUAUACUCUAAAUUUUCAAAGUUUUAGAACAGGAUGAGCAAACUCUAGGUAACGCGCCAGAGUAAAUAUUUCAGGCUUUGCAGGCUGUCCAGUCUCUGCUGCCGCCAAGCUCUGUUGAUGCAGCACAAAAGCAGCCACUGGCAAUACAUAAACGGACGGAGUGCCUGGAUUUGGCAACGCCAUGCUAGACUUUAGACAUAGAAGGAAUUUGAGGACCUACCUGAUGGCUAUUUCUUAGAAGGGAUUUAAGAAUUGGAAUUGAAGAGUUUUGGAGGCAGAUACUCCUGGGUUCCUAGAUCAGCUCUGCAACACUCCCUAAUUGUCUUAUCUUGGGUACGUCAUCUUGUCUUCUGUGUUUGAUACUCCUGUCCCUAAUCUGUAGUUUAUGGAGGUGUUGGGAGAAUGAGAUCAGACACUUCAAGUACUCAGUACAGUGUCUGGCACAUAGGAGGCAUCUGGAAGAAGUUAGCUGUGAUUAUCACCAGUCCGUUUUACAGAGGAAGGAGUCCAGACUUGCCUGAAGUUACGGUCGUAGCGGCCGAACCAGCUGUGCUUGUCACAAGUCACAACCCCUCUGUCACUUGAACUGCAAAAUGAGGGGGUUGGACAAAGUCCUUUUUGGGGAACUUCUAGUUUCACUUGCUGUCAUUCUGCCGACUGGUACCCCAGGGCUUAAGAACUAAUUCACCUCCUCACGUGCCUUCCUUACAGUCUGGAAACGACUUCCUACCCAGCAGCAGUAAACUGGCAGCAAACCAGGCAGCAGAGAGGGAGAUCCUGAUACACACACACACACACACACACACACACACGCACACACAUAUAUCUAGACACACACAUACACACAUAUUAAAGUGUCACAUGCCUUAGAUAUGAGGGAAGGGAGCCAAGUUCUUGGUAAUUAGUAUGGUGAAUAAUUGCAUUGAACACAUUGCGAGUCCUUUUUUGGAUGUAUCUCAGGGACUUUUAUGCUACCCAUUCCCAUAACAAAUCAAGUAUUUAUGUAUGCAUGUUCAGAUUAUUUUGAUAAAAUGAUUAAAGUGUUAAGAUGGAAA